AAAAAUCACUAGCUUGCAUUGGAGAGGGGGAACCAGGUCAUGUGAUUCCAACCAUCCUACCCUAUGUGACAGUGUGUAGGAGCGCUGAUUGCUCUUAUCCAAUCAUGCCUGGAAUGCUGCUUGCCACUUGGGCUAUUUCUGCUAUCUGUCGCUAUCAGUGCUGCAGUGCUAACAGUUUGGCAGAUGGGACACUUUUUCUUGGAGUUUAUGUCUAUGGUUUUUAACUUCUGGCAGUUCCUGAAUUGCUGCUGUUUUCCUUCUCCUUUUCCUCUCUCUGUAAAACCAUGGCCCAUCGGCUGCGGUUUCAUUUUGGCUCUGGACGAAGCAACACAGCCCCUGAAUCGGAGAUCCUAGACCGCGAAAGAGAAGAUGACUUUUUCAUGGCAUUCCAUACUUUGCCCCGAAGAAACAGUCCUCAUCCUUUCUCCCGACAUGGAGCGGAUUAUGGUGGCAGCGAUUUACAAGAAGUGGGCACCUUAAAAAGGAGCACGUCCAUGUUUAUUCCUCAGCUGCUGAACAGUAUUGAUGUGCGCCCAACAAGGAGCUCAUCUAUGCACAUUUCCCUUCAGCGCAAAGCGGUGAAUGGCUAUGCUGAUGAGUGCGGAGCCCCAGAUUCUCCAGAUGAGACGCUUCCAUGUAAAUUCUCAGACUUUAGGGAGAAUCUGACAUCACCCAUGGAAAGUCGUUCUUCCUCGCCAAGCAGUCCAGAAGUGACACCAGAAAAUUCACCGCCCAGGGGGCCUGAAGAACUAGGGCAACAGGUUAACGGAGCUGCUUCCUGUAACCAUUCAAUAUUUUGUACAAUUCCUUCCAGUAACCAGAGUGACGCCGCUGCAUCUACUGCCCCAGACGAUGAGGCAAGUGAAGCAGCUUCAGGUUUAAACAUAAGUGGUGUACGGAUUCAGCAUCGUGCUUCCAGCGCCGAUAUGCAUCAGGUAACACUUUUGCCCUUUGGGUCUGAGGCUCAGCACAAUGUUCCUGCCUCUGAACCGAGGCGCUGGUCUUUGCAGCAUCUGCCAGAUAUGUCAGCGAAUUCAGGAAAAAAGCUCUUUGUUCUCCAGUUGCAGCAGCCACAGGCCAGCGGUACGGGUAUAGGAGGCGAUUACAAUUUUGGUUUUACUGGAACAAAAGGAGACAGGUUGGUGAGAUAUCCACGGAUACGGCUGGAAAGGAGCACUUCCUACCCGGUCCAGCCACGACCAGAACAGAUUAGCCCUGUGGAAGAUGGAGCAAAUUCAGAACUUCAUGGAAAUGGCAGAAAUGGGUCAGAAAUAUCUAGAAGCAAUUCAGUAGAAAGGAUUCCUCAAGGACAAGGGGGAUGCACGUUUAAAAUCAGACCAGAUCAAAACACAAGGCAGCAACAUUUCAGAAUUCUUGUAACCCGUGGUCCUGAAGAACAAAAUCAAGCUCCUGCUCAGGAGAGCCCUGGUACACCUGGUCCUACAGCGGCCAGGGCCACAACUAGAGACGACUUCCUUGGUCAAGUAGACGUCCCACUUAAUCAUCUUCCGACAGAAGACCCAACCAUGGAACGGCCAUACACGUUUAAGGAUUUUCUUCUCAGACCAAGAAGCCACAAAUCUCGGGUAAAGGGUUUCUUGAGACUGAAGAUGGCCUAUAUGCCGAAAAAUGGAGGACAAGAGGAUGAAAAUAAUGAUCAAAGAGAUGACUCGGAGCAUGGGUGGGAAGUGGUUGAUUCCAAUGAUUCUGCAUCUCAUCGCCAAGAGGAGUUACCGCCACCUCCACUGCCUCCUGGAUGGGAAGAAAAAGUGGACAAUCUUGGUCGUACUUACUAUGUCAACCACAACAACAGGACAACUCAGUGGCACCGGCCAACUUUAAUUGAUAUGGCAUCUGAAUCAGACAACAACAUUAGACAAAUAAACCAAGAGGCGGCUCAUAGACGCUUUCGAUCUCGGAGACACAUUAGUGAAGAUUUGGAGCCAGAGCCCAUGGACAGUGGAGAUAUACCUGAACCCUGGGAAACUAUUUCAGAGGAAGUGAGUGCAAGUGGAGAUUCCUUAAGCCUGUCCUUGCCACCUCCCCCGGCCUCUCCAGUUUCUCGGACCAGUCCCCAGGAGCUGUCUGAUGAAUUGAACAGAAGGCUCCAAGUCACUCCUGAUUCCAAUGGGGAACAACUCAGUUCUUUGAUACAAAGAGAUCCUUCAUCAAGAUUAAGGUCUUGCAGCGUAACAGAUGCAGUUGCUGAACAGUCUCAAUUAUCACUGCAGAGUGGUCCAUCUAGGAGAGCUCGUUCUUCAACUGUCACAGGUGGUGAAGAACCAACGCCAUCAGUGGCCUAUGUGCAUACAACACCGGGCUUACCUUCAGGCUGGGAAGAAAGGAAAGAUGCUAAGGGACGUACUUAUUAUGUCAAUCAUAACAAUCGAACCACAACUUGGACUCGGCCCAUUAUGCAGCUUGCAGAAGAUGGUGCAGUUGGGUCAGCAACAAACAGUAACAACCAUCUCAGUGAACCUCAGAUAAGACGGCCUCGUAGCCUCAGUUCACCCACAGUAACUUUAUCUGCUCCACUUGAGGGACUCUCCAAGGACUCUCCUGCACGCCGAGCUGUAAAGGAUACCCUUUCGAAUCCUCAGUCUCCCCAGCCCUCACCUUAUAAUUCUCCUAAACCACAACACAAAGUGACACAGAGCUUCUUGCCCCCUGGCUGGGAGAUGCGAAUAGCUCCAAAUGGCAGGCCCUUCUUCAUUGAUCACAAUACUAAAACCACUACCUGGGAAGAUCCACGACUGAAAUUUCCAGUACAUUUGAGAUCAAAAGCUUCUUUGAACCCUAAUGAUUUGGGCCCUCUUCCUCCUGGUUGGGAGGAAAGAAUACAUUUGGAUGGAAGAACGUUUUAUAUAGACCAUAGAAGCCAGGUGUUGAUAUGUGGAGACAUUGAUACCAGAGACUUAGUGCCCUCAUACGAUAAUAAAAUUACCCAGUGGGAAGAUCCCAGAUUGCAGAACCCAGCUAUUACUGGUCCAGCUGUUCCCUAUUCCAGAGAGUUCAAACAGAAAUAUGACUACUUCAGAAAGAAAUUAAAGAAACCAGCUGAUCUACCAAACAGAUUUGAGAUGAAACUCCACAGAAAUAAUAUUUUUGAGGAGUCCUAUAGAAGAAUCAUGUCCGUGAAGAGACCCGAUGUAUUAAAAGCCAGGCUCUGGAUUGAAUUUGAAGCGGAAAAAGGACUUGAUUAUGGAGGUGUGGCCAGAGAAUGGUUCUUUCUGUUGUCCAAGGAAAUGUUUAAUCCUUAUUAUGGUCUUUUUGAAUAUUCGGCAACGGACAACUAUACUCUUCAGAUUAAUCCAAAUUCAGGCCUUUGUAAUGAAGAUCAUCUGUCCUAUUUCACAUUUAUUGGCCGGGUUGCUGGGCUGGCAGUGUAUCAUGGGAAGUUAUUAGAUGGCUUUUUCAUCAGGCCUUUUUAUAAGAUGAUGCUGGGGAAACCAAUAACUCUGAAAGACAUGGAAUCAGUGGAUAGUGAAUAUUACAAUUCCUUGAAAUGGAUCCUGGAAAAUGACCCAACAGAGCUGGAUCUCAUGUUUUGCAUAGAUGAGGAAAACUUUGGACAGACUUAUCAAGUGGACUUGAAGCCUAAUGGAUCAGAAAUCAUGGUAACAAAUGAGAACAAACGGGAAUAUAUAGACUUAGUCAUCCAAUGGAGGUUUGUAAACAGAGUUCAGAAACAAAUGAAUGCUUUUUUGGAGGGAUUCACAGAACUCCUACCUACUGAUUUGAUUAAAAUUUUUGAUGAAAAUGAGCUGGAGUUACUAAUGUGUGGCCUUGGAGAUGUUGAUGUUAAUGACUGGAGACAACAUACGAUCUACAAGAACGGAUACUGUCCGAACCAUCCUUUAAUCCAGUGGUUCUGGAAGGCUGUGUUACUGAUGGAUGCUGAGAAACGUAUCCGGUUACUGCAGUUUGUUACGGGGACAUCUCGAGUGCCUAUGAAUGGAUUUGCUGAACUUUACGGUUCAAAUGGUCCUCAGCUGUUUACAAUAGAGCAAUGGGGAAGUCCUGAUAAAUUGCCCAGAGCUCACACAUGCUUUAAUCGCCUUGACUUACCUCCUUAUGAAUCUUUUGAAGAUUUACGAGAGAAACUUCUUAUGGCAGUGGAAAAUGCUCAAGGAUUUGAAGGAGUGGAUUAAAACAGCUACUUUUUUUUCUUUUUCCAUUGAGCAAGUUCUGCUUGCACUUUUGAAUUUUGCCUAACGGACAGUGAGUGACUAUGACAGAACAGUUGCACAAUGUUGGUUCAUGGAGCAAAUCUCUUCUACAGUGCAGUUGCCUAAAUUCAGAAGUUUUGAACUAGAACCUGUGGAUAGUAUUUCUGACACUUCCACAGCAAAUUACCCGACUGGUUGAUGUGUACUCUGAUUACAUUUCAACAGGACUUGUUCUAUUUAUGUUGUGCCUCUGUAGGCAAAGCCCUUAAUAAAUAUUUUACAUACUUUCUAAUGACAAUGAAUGGAAUUAAUCACUUUACAGGUAUAGUAUUACAGCUCAUGUUUACUUUUUACUUGAUUUAGACAUAUUUUCAGAUUUUAUUUCAUUACAAUUAAAAAUAUCAUAUGCUUGGAAAAAUGAGCAUUUUUCUUAUCUUAAUUUCAUACCGGACUUGAUGCCAGUGGCAUUUUUACUUUCAAAGUGCAUUUUGAGCCUUGUCUCCAACCUAUUGGAAAAGUAGAAGAAACCUAUGUCAGAAAUUUUCUACAAAUGGGAUAUAUUCAGAGCAAAUCUAAAACCUUUUCACUGAGCACAUUAAUAUUUUCUGUACCCAGAAGAAUAAGUACAGAUUGGAUGUUACAUUUUUGUAUGAAUCAGUAGAAUAGUUGUAAGUUAAGAGAGGAUCAUAACAUAGCAUGCCAAAUCUCACGUUCAGUAAAGAAAUCGCCUCAUUAUUCCUUGGUAAUAUUUACAUGUGCUAUAAAGCCUUUUGGGAAAGGGUUGGCAUCAUUAUAGAAGAAGAUGCUUAACCCUAUCAUUAACUUUGUACAGUGAUUCUUUUAUUAUCCUUUCCUCUUUACUGUUUGCAAUGGAGGCAUUUUGAAUGAAACCUGGCACUGCUUGAUUUGGAACUGUGGAAACCAGAUCUCUUUUGUCAACCUAUUUGUAUGCAUUUGCUAAUGAUAUCGAAAUAACAUUUUUGUUUUGUUUUGUUUUGUUUCUAACUGCACCAACUCUAAAGGCACUUUAUGUAACACAUGGAGGUCAUAUCUUUUUUUUUAAAUCCUAAACAUUAAUGUGAUUAUAUUCCUUCUCACUGCACAUGUCUUUCUGGUGCAAUAUCUAUCAAUUGUGAAUCUGGCUGCUGCUGAUGUAUAAAAUCCAGAUGUAGAGCUGAGCCUGCAGACAUGUUCUCACCAAUUGUUUUUGUGAUUUUAUUUUUUACUCAAUCACAAAGAUUUAUUUAAUAUACACAGCUAUCUAAUCAAUUUUGUUACCUAUGACAUGUUGCAUGCUUAAACUAUAAUGCCUGAGUUGCAUCUGUUGUGUGAUAGAUUAAAGAUGAAAGAGAAGACUUGCAUUUGAUCCACUGAAGUGAAAUGGUUACCGCAGUGAUAGGGUAGACUGGAGGGUAUAGAUUUAGCAAUUUGAUUACGUUCAGCUUUGUAAGUUUUUGCCAUGUACUUCACCACUUCUAAAAAUCCACUUGAUCGUUACUCACAAGCAAGGUGAUAGAGUGCAAGAACUGAACCAUUUUCACAUAGCAGAUGCUGUUCACUACCAGCAAUGGGUGUGGCAGUAAUUGCUAGCAGGGAACUUUAAUGAGUAUAACCUUUGACUGUAAAAGCUACUUUAAGGAAACUUAUCAAAGCUAUUAACAUUCAGCAAAUACUAAUGGGUGGAACUUUGCCUAGAUGGGAGGUCACCUUAGUGCACUGACAAUAGGUGAAGAGCCAACAGGUGCAUGUAGAAAUUCUGAGUGGUUUAAUUGCUACAUCGAUUAAGGUUGAUUCCCUUUCUAUAUUAUAUUUAUUUUCUGACAUUCCUUUUUGUUUUGUCUGGUGAUUUGAAAACUUAGACAUGAAAAUGAAGUGGACUGGAUCCAAAUAGAUGUAUCACACUACUGUGAUUGCUUCUGACCUUUGGAGUGGGUUGUGAUCCUGAUAUUCUUAAUGUAAUUCAAUGUGCCAAACAUCUCUAGCUACCACAUGGCAUCACCUCUGAAAUGUUCUGAGUCAGUUCUCUUUCUUUGGCCAGUCUUAAAUGGAAACAUUUCUGUAUGUUUGGAGGUUCCAUUUCACUACAGUACUGUAUAAGAUUCUUAAGCCAAUGGGCCUUGAACUCACAUUGUGGACUUUUAAAUAUGACCCAACACUUGCAUAUAAAGGGAGAUGUGAUCUAGCAAUUAGACUGAGAAGAACUGAAUGUCAGAGAGGCUUGGCCAAAUUUCAUAAUCCCAAACUCGCUCAGUACGACUUUGCUUCUGUUCCUGAUUUCCUGCCUCUAAAAUUGAUUUAAUAGUACAGUAAAAGCUGUGUUAACCAGCACUUUAUUAGCCGGGAAACUAUUAACCGGCAUCCGAGUGAUGCGGCAAAAGCAAAACCGGAAGUACCACUUCCAGGGGACCUCCCGUUUUGCCGCCACGAGCUGAGUUUUUCUUCACCCCUUUUUCGGCCCACGGCCCAAGGCAAAGCAGCCUGCGCGGGGAAAAAGCAACCUGCACGGGGCCUCCUCCCUGUCCCCCGGCAAAUUGAUGCCGGGGAGUGCACCAGACGGUGCACAUUUGAUUAACCAGAAUAUUUGAUUAACCAUCAUCCCCCAUUCCCAGGGGAUGCCAGAUAACAGAGCUUUUACUGUAACUGCCUGCCUAUAUCAAAGCCCUUUUAGACAAAUGCUGUUGUAGAGCUGGGGACUAUCAAACAAGAGAGUAUAACAUUUUAAGAUCAAGUUUUUACAAAGGUUAAGCUACUGUCUUUUCAGAUCUGCUAAGAUGCAUGACUUUAAAACAGAAAUUCCAACAAAUGGUAGACCUCAGUAAUGUAUUUUUACACCAAGGUCAGUUUCAGUGUAUUGAAAAAAUCAGCAUGGAUGUGCUUAUGGCACAUUCAGCAUUGGAAAACCAUUCUCAAACAAAAUGUAACAAUCCCAUCUCCUAUGUGCGAUAGUCAGGAAGUAUGAUUGCAGCACAUGAAGACAAGUCCAAGAAAUAUUUAAUCUGGCUAGUCUGGUCAACAAUAGAAGUGAAUCAACAGGGACUAGCUGCCUAAGUCCCUGGCAAGCCCAGGCAGUAGGUGCUAGUCCACACCUUGCUGUGCAAGAAAAGGUGUAUAGAGAAGUUUUGUAUUCUCUGAUUUGAGCACAGAUAAGUGCAUGGAGCUCUGCUGCAUUGCACUCGAGCUAGCUAAACGUACAGUAAUUCAGUUGUGCUAGAAAGACACUUCCCAAGUGCAGCCUGGGCAGAUCAUGUCCCUAGCUAAUUUAGGGCUAACUCUACUAUUGGAAGCACUGUUAGUGGAAAAAGAACACUGCACUAACACAGCUCUCCUCCUUCUACACCCCAACCCAGUUAAGGGAGUGCCAUGCAAUCCCAGGCUGUCUUGUGUCAACAUAACCCCAGAGUCCCUUGAAUUCAAACCUCACAGCACAGAAAGGGACCUAUCCGUUAUUAUUGGAUCAGCAAGUCAUUUUGCCUACUGUGGUGGUGGAUUGUUUAAUGGGAAAAGUGAAUUGUCCAGUCUGAUCUCUUUGUUGCACAAAGCUUUUUAUGUUGCCAUAAACGUUCUUUCUCAUUGGCUAGUGCUAACAGGCUGUUACUAAGUGGCACAUUUGAAUAACAGUCCUUGGCCUUAUCUAUAACGAGUUUAGCCACCAACAUAGCUAUAUUGAUGUAACUGCACUGAUGCAGAUUUCUAGGCACCAUUGCAAACAAAUUGCUAUUCUUAAGGUAGUUGCAUCAAGGCACAGACAAGAGUAGCUCCCCAUUGUAACUCAUGGCGCUUCAUAGGAAAUGCCAUGAGUUUCAAUGAUCCACUGGACCAAACAGAAGUUUGCUGUUGAGUCCUGGAAGUGGGGAAUCGAGCUGUUGUUUAGAGCAGCUGCAAGGCUGCAGCUGCUCUCCCCUAGAAACACCCCUCCCAGCCCUGGCACUGUCUUCAGAAUGGGAGGGGGGAAGGAAGCAGAGAGCUCAUUCUGGAGGCUCCAAUCUACCCACCCCACCCUCCAUCACCAGCUAAAAAACCAACAUGUCAUUUUGUUGCCUAUGACAAAAUGACAUGUUGUAAAACCAGACCGAACUCCCUCUGCUCUCUUUCCUCACUCCCAUUCUGAAGACUGUGCUGGAGCAGGGCUGAGCUGCUGUCAGCCCAGCCUUGCGCACAGACACAAGUUACUGAAGCCACUCUGUUUUGGAGUGUCUUCAUCUGAACCCUCAUGAAAUGAGGUUUCAGAUUUUCAUGGGAUGGGGCCCCUUUAAAGCAUUUUACAGCCGUGCACUUCCGUUUGGUCACAGAGUGUUUUCAGGGACAAGAUAUAGCAAAAAUUGUCACUUCUGUCUGCGUGUUCAGUGGCUAAAAUCUCCAGGAUAGACAAACCCCUUGUGACAACAGAAAAGGCUAAUAUGACUUGUACAGUAUGCUCUCUAACCCAGGGAAGUAUCUUCAGUUAUGCAAUAACCUGUGUGGGUACGGGCAUACAAUAUUAUGCUUCAGCAACCCUUUUAAAGGAACUUGAUUCUAUACUACAGAUUACUGUAGCAGAGCUGUGUAUUUGACGAUUUAGUGUUGGCUAAUAUGAUGCACGAUAAGGUUUUUUGGAGUUCCUGUUCUAACAUGGUGCAGCCUAUUAGCAAUCUGUUUGGAACUCUUACUGCCAGAUUUCAAGAACGUUCUCUUGAAAAGUGGCUAAUUGUCUCAUUAUUAAACCUUAGUUAAUGAGGAAAUUGGUCCAUUGGAACCUAUGCCCUAACACUGUGCCUUUCUUUAAUUUUUAAUUUCUGUAUUCAGAUUUAAUUUGCCUUGACCAAGUAUGUAUGGGUAGCUCACCCCCUUAAUCACAAAGCCAGUACUGCAAUACAGUUUGUAUUCUAAACGAUAUAUCCAUCCAAAUUAUAAUUUGGAGUCAAGAAGGCAGUGGCCAUAAAAGAUCUUGCCCCCAAAUGAUUUGUCCAUUUGUGCACAAACAUUAAGGCAAGUAGUUUAUAGACUUUUAGCAAGUUGCAGGACAAGAUGGGACUUCUGUUAUUGUCAUUUCUGGUUCACAUCAAGUCUUUUAGAUCUCUGGUUUUCUAGUAAGAGUGCUAAUUUAUAUAGAGCAAAACACAAUAAUUCCAUCUUGCAUUCCUAGCCAAUGGAAACUCAUGACUGGACAUCUUUUCUUCCUCUUAUCUUCCUUCUAUUCUAAAGCUAACAAAGCAGCUAAUCCAUUAUAUUACCAGAGCUUAUUUUUAAAGUCUCUCAUCCUACUGACAUCCCUGCCUCUGAAUCGUUUUUUUAUGUGAGUGGGCUCGCUAUGUGCUGUCAUGCAGUGUUUUCCAAUACAUCAGUAGAGGGUGCUGCUAUGCAGACUAACCACACAGUUGGUGCCACGCCUAAUCUCAGUUCACCCAAAAGAAAUGCACUGCUACUGUGAUGUGUUUGGUCUUUCCAGACUGGUGAUUAUGGCUGCAGAGUUCUGCAUCAAACACGAAUCUCAGUUUUGAGUUACUAAACCUGUUCAGACAUGGGUGCAACUCUGGCGUCUUUAAAGUCCACAGGAAAGCUCUGAUCAGCUUGAAUGGGGCCAGAAUGUUACCCUUUGUGUUUAAAACUGGGAGGAAAAAGUAAGUCAUUUGAACCAUAUUUUUAAUGUAUAUAAAUAAGUACAGCAUGUUCAUAGAAAUAGAGAUGAAUAUUCAAUAUGGAAAAUGAUUUUUAAAAUCUUAAAAUCAGUACCAGAUUAGACAUCUUGUAAGCAUCCAUUUGUUUGGUUUCAUAGCAAAAAGCUUUUCUUUUGUAUAGAAUUUCAAAAUAAAAAAAAAAAACCCUACUCUCACAUCAGACAUCUAUUCAAAGAUGUUGCACUAAAGUGAUGCAUGUUUGCAAUGCACUGAGGAAACUUUUGAUACAACUGGAAUUUAACCAUAUUAAUGUUCUAUAUCCCUCAGGUCUGUCAAACUGCACGACCUUUAUUGCUAUCACAUUUUUUAUAAGCACAAACCAUGAAUAAUCAUGGCUAUGUAUUUCUAGGUCAUCCUGGUCUUUCUACUUUGAUCUUUCAUUUAUGACAUCAUGUUUUCCUUCUUCAGGUUAGCUUCAGUGUAGCCUUGGUUCCUUUUUUUUACCACUAUAUAUACAUAUAUACACAGUAUGUACCCACAUACAGUUGAACAUAUAUGUAUUGCGUUUUUAUACUUCUUUAAUCCGUUCUGAGUUCAUAUUUGGCUUUAAAGAGAAUUAUAAGCAGUUUGUCUCCACUGCAACUUCAACAAAACCACGCCAUAGUGGAUACAUUCUGAUUCCCAGAACCCAGUGGACACCUCUAGAAGGUGAUGUUGCUGAGCUCUAUGUUUGUGAACCUUUGCCUUUAUUCAAAUUGAAACCUGAAAUGAUGACUACUUCCAAAGGUGAAAAAGUGUUUCAGACAUUCCAGAUGAAAUUUUGCAAUGUUUCGUAACUUUUUAUUGUAAAAUUGCUUCAGAAUAUGAGGCUAUUUGAAACAAUACUAAACUACCUUGAAAUUAAUUUUAAAAAGGAAGAAACAAAACUACGUAUAAACAAUACUAAUUUUCACAAUCAAAAAAGCUUUAAAACAUGGUUGGAUUUGAUAAACAAUGGGGGGAUGGUUUUGUUUAAGGGCAAAAUCAUUUUUUCCAUUUAUUUUCUUAAGAGAAGUGAAGGGAAUUGUAGUUUGUUUUCCUGACAGCAAAAGAUCAAUGUGACAAAAUGAAGUUGUUGUAAUGAAAUGAUGCAACUUGUUAAAUAUUUAAUAAAGAAUUAUGGAAGCUGGAACAU